AGUGCAUCCCCCACUCUCCUCUCAUCUCCCCUACCUUUUCUUUUUCAUCUUCCUUCACUCCUUAGAUCCGGCCACCACGACCCGGAUCCGGUAACCCACGACCCGGAUCCGCCAAACUCCGGCCAAUUCCAAUGGCAAACGUGUGGAAAAGAAACCAGCCGCCGACGAAGAUCUUAAGCCCUAGAAGCCUCAUCCUCUUCGUCUUCACCUCCCUUCUGCUACUCACCUUCCUCUACCUCUCUACCCAAACCCCCAAAAAUCCCCAAUUCAACAACAAACCUCCGCUAACAUCAACCACCGCCGCCACCAGACCAAUCAACCCCUUCGAUUGCUACAAUGCGCCGCAGGCGUACCCUAUCUUCGCCAACACCGUCGAAGGCCUCAAAUUCCCCUUCGUGUAUUCACUCUCCGACUUCGGGAAUCUACCGGAGAAGCCGCACAAGAACAUUGUACGGACGCUGAAGGGGAAGCCGUUCAGAAGGCCCGAUAUUUCCGCCACCGUGCAGGAUUUGUUGGGGAAGAUGAGAUCGGAGAAUCGAAAUGGAAUAUUCGUCGAUGUUGGUGCUAAUGUGGGGAUGGCGAGCUUUGCUGCUGCUGUGAUGGGGUUCAAGGUUUUAGCUUUCGAGCCGGUUUUCGAGAAUUUGCAGAGGAUCUGCGAUGGGAUUCAUUUCAAUAAAGCUGCCGAGCUGGUCGAGGUUUUCGAAGCUGCCGCCUCCGAUCGCUCCGGCAACAUCACUUUCCACAAGUUGGUCGGUCGGCUUGACAACAGUGCGGUCUCGGCCAGUGGGGCGAAGUUGGCUUUCAAGUCGAACGAAGAGAUUGCGAUUCAAGUUAAGACGAUUCCUUUGGAUGAUGUAAUAGGAGAAUCCGAGGCGGUGCUUCUACUUAAAAUAGACGUACAGGGCUGGGAGUAUCACGUCCUGAAAGGCGCAGAAAGAUUGCUGUCUAGAAAAAAGAGCGAAGCGCCGUAUUUGAUAUACGAAGAAGACGAGCGUUUGUUACAAGCGAGCAAUAGCAGUGCCAAAGAGAUACGAGAUUUUCUUCGGAGAAUGGGUUACGGCCAAUGCGAACAACAUGGAACUGAUGCACAUUGCACUAAAACAGAUUGAAACUCAACUAACAAAAUUCUCCCUAACGAAUAUUCCGAGGUAUAUACUGCCCAAUGAUCUAUGGUGGAUGCUAUUGAAUUCAUGGUUGGUGGUGGUAACACUGAGAAACGGUAGACUGUUGGAGAAGUUGACAUGACUUUGUCGGAGAUAAUUAGAUAUCUUGUUAUUUGUUCGAUGAAAAACCAAACUUGAGAGUUGGCCUCGUGAGACAUGUGAUGCAAGAAUUUCCCAGACUUGCAUAUAAAAAGAUUUGAAAUUAUGCUGGCAUGUAAUCUGUUCAUUUGCUGAGCACACCUUUGAGCCGUGGAUCUUUGUUAUUUUCCGUUAAAAUUAAGUUAAAACUAUAGGUCGAUCGUAUGUUCAGUGCGAAAAAAAAAAUGUCUAUUUGGGAAAGGCGAGAUUUUUACCUUUUCAAGAAGUUGGUCAGUGCGAUUUUUUUUGUUUCAUUCGGGAUUAUUAGCAUGUUUGUCUACCGAAUUCGCAAAUAAGGUGAGAUAAGUUGUUGCAUUUUGCUCUUCGGCU